UGGGAUCUUGUGCUCGGACCCGGUCCCCGUGAGUCGGACAUGGACCCCCGCGGUGAGGACUGGAUGUCCGGUCUACCGGAGGAGCUGUGGGACGUCCCGCUCACCGACCUGGCCAUCCCGGGAAGCCACGACGCCAUGAGCUACUGCCUGGACGUCGGCUCGCCGCUGGUCCCGUCCGAGUCGGGCGCCUUCCGCCUGCUGGACCGCCUCUUCUCCUGCAUCACCAGACCCUUCAUCUUCAAGUGGGCCACGACGCAGGACAAGAGCAUCGAGGAGCAGCUCUCGAUGGGGAUUCGAUUCUUCGAUCUCCGCGUGGCACACAAACCCAGCGACCCGUCCAGCGACCUGUACUUCACGCACGUCAUAUACACGCAUGCCGCCGUGUUGGAAACGCUGGCGUCCGUCGCCGUCUGGCUGAAGUCUCACCCGAAGGAGGUCGUCAUUCUGGCCUGCAGCCAUUUCGAGGGAAUCGACGACAAACUCCACCAGUCGUUUAUUGUGUCCCUUAAGAAGCUGUUUGGAUCGAAACUCUGCCCCAAGAAGGAAGCCGUCCUCACCCUGCGGAGCCUGUGGACGUCGGGCUUCCAGGUCCUCCUGUCCUACGACUCCCAGGCUGCAGCCCGGCACGCGGAGCUGUGGCCCCCCCUCCCCUACUGGUGGGCCAACCAGCGCACGGCGCAGGGGGUCACCAGCUACCUGGACUGGAACAAAGACCUGGGACGUCCAGAGGGCUUCUUCGUCUCCGGCCUGAACCUGACGGCCGACCGGCUCUACAUCGCCGAGAACCCAAAGCAGUCCCUGCGGACGCUGAGCGUCGGUAACUGGGAGGCUCUGAGGACGUGGCUGCAGGAGCAGGAGCCGGGGCCCGGCCCCAGGAGCCUGAACAUCAUCGCGGGGGACUUCGUGGGUCCGUUGCCCCUGUGCUCCACGGUCAUCGCGCUGAACAAGAAGCUGCUGAACAAGAGGGGUCACAGAGAGACACAGAGCCACCAUGGAGGGACCCGCUAG